AUUGCUGAUUCUCACGAAGUUAUGGCUGCUAUAUACUGUAUGCUGUAUUUCUGCGAUGUAAUCAUUAUUGUCAUAGGGCACCCCCCCCCCCCCCCCCUUAGACAAGUAACAAACAAUUUCAAGCGUGCCCUAAGCUGCAUGUUACCAAGCCAAUGUAAGCUGUUUUUCCAAAUUGGCCAGCAACUAUGAGUAGAUUUUGUGUUGACUCGUAUGUAUAUUGUACAGUUUUGGAAAUGUAAUCAUAAUCUAGUAAGCUAUUUAGCAUUCUUAUGGGACCUUAUCAACAUGGCUUCCUGCAGAGGACGCUUUCACCAGAAGUGAAGUUGUGACGUUCCAAAACAUGUCCAGGAAAAAGGAAGACAGACGAUGGUGCACCGUCUAUGUGGUGGACACGUAUCAAAGACUGAGGAUGGAUUCUAGUUGAGAAUACUUGAACUAAACAACAGACAUGGAGAAGUUUGGCAUGAGUUUUGGGGGUGGCCCCAGCAAAAAGGAACUGCUGGAAACCAUAGAAGGCCAGAAGAAGCAAUUGGUCCAGUACCAAACUCGCUUUAAAGAUGUUGUGAGGGCCUACAAGAGCCUCCUGAAGGAGAAAGAGGCCAUUGAGGCCAGCUUCAAGGUUCUAACAGUGUCCCAGGAAGUAGACCUGGGCCAACGCAGCGAUGACCUAUCCGUAGGCGGAGGGCUCACCGACGCCUCACCCAUGACCUCUGAUCUGGGGGAUGACCACUCCUCCCUGCACAGCGAGGACAGUCUUGACACGGCGGCGUCCGUGGACACAGCUGCCAGUGUGGCCAGUGGCAGCACCAAGGGAGACCCACUGGAGGAGGAGCAGCAGCAGCGGUCCGGCUCUGCAGGAGACGUGACCGGCCUGGUGGUCCCCGCAGCCUCUGGCCAGGCCCAGGGCUCAGAGGAGGCAAACGGGUCGGAGAGCGGUGUCAGCAGCAGCAGCAGCGGUGGACAGGAGCAGCAGCAGCAGCAACAACAACAACCGCAGCCACCGCUUGCCUCUGCGGAAGCGGACCGGCGACUACUGCAGCUCAAGGCCCAGCUGAAUACGCUGACCAGCUCACUGACCACUGUCAGCCAGGAGAAGUCCAGGAUGGAGGCCUCGUUCCAGGCGGACAAGCGCAAGAUGAAGCAUGACAUGGAGGAGCUGCAAAAGAUGCUAGAGGAGACCAAGAGACAACAGGAGGCUGAACUGUCUGCCUUGCAGGAGCAGCUUGCGGAGAGCAAGGCCCGUGUGAUCACGCAGCAGCACGAGCGCGAGCAGGAGCAGGGCGAUCAUGCGCACAUGCUCCGCGAGCUCCAGAAGCUUCUCCAGGAGGAACGCAGCCUGCGGCAGGACGCUGAGCUCAGGCUGGAGGAAUCCCGCGAGACCCUGGUGGAGACCAUGCAGGCGGCCGACCGUGGGAUGGACCUGGAGGCGCGUCUGAAGGAGGCCAUCCAGGAGCGCGAGGAGAUGCGGAGGAGCCUGCUGGCCGCCGAGACCGAGAGGGGCAAGCCCGACCCGCUGGUGGAGGAGCUCCAGAGGGACAUGGCCCAGCUCAAGGUCCACUUCCAACAGCAGCUACAGCAGGAGAUUAGAAAGGCCACCCAGGCGGAGGAGCGUCUGCAGGACCAGUCCCGUCUGGAGGAGGGCCGUGUGGCCAGUCUGGAGGAGCGUAUCUCCGAGCUGUCGGAGCUACUGGGCGCGUGCGAGCGCGCCCGCCAGAAGGACCAGCAGACGGCCCAGCGGCUGCGGGAGCGCGUGCUCCAGCUGGACAUGGAGAACAAGACGCUGGCCAUCGCCGCCACAACGUCCUCGGGACGCGGCUCGGACUUCCUCCACACGCUCAACGUGGACGAGGCGAAUCUAGACGUGAGCGUGUUAAAGGAGAAGCUGGAGGUGGUCAAGAAGCUGCUCAAGAUGGCGGCACACAGGAGCUCGCAGCCGAUGGAGAUCGAGAAGCUCGGAGAAGAGGGACAGAGAGAGGAAGAGGAGGAAGAGGAGGUGGUGGGCAGGACGAAGGUGGAGGAGUCGGACGCGGAGAGGAGGUCGGCGCUGUUCUACCAGCAGGAGCUGAAGCAGGUGAAAGAGGAGUUUGAGCGCUACAAAAUGCGGGCGCAGGUGGUGCUCAAGAACAAGAACGCUAAAGACGGCAGCCAGGCGAAGGAGCUGGAGGACGCGCGCGACCAACUGGCCGAGCUCAAGGAGAAGUACAUCAACCUGCGCAUCCACUCCGACGAGGCCGAGGCACGUCACCGGCGCGCGCUGGAGGAGCGCCACCAGGGGGCGCUGUCCACGCAGCAGGCCCACAAGCAGGAGCUGGAGCGCCAGGAGGCGCAGCACCGCGACAGCCUGCUGCGGCUGGAGGCCGAGAUGCACAAGCAGCGUGACCGGACGAUGGCGCUGCUCGCCGAGAAGGACCAGGAGCUGGAGCGGCUGCGGGGAGCCGUCGCCACCGCCAACGUCCUCGGCUUCGCCGGUCCCCGUGGCAACAACAACAGCGGCAGCGGAGGAGGAGGAGGAGGAGGCAGAGCGAACAGCAGUGACAGCGAUGGGACAUCCGAGACGGGAGGAGGAGGAGGAGGAGGAGGAGCGGGGUUGGGCUUGAGCUUGAGCUCGGCCGGUGUGUCGCUGGGGGAUGACGUGGAGCUGGACAGCCAGGCGCAGGAGGAGAGCGACUUCAUCACGCAGGCGCUACGGCUGGCCGGCCCCAACGAGCCCACGCUGCUGCUCUACGCCGAGCAACUGGCCCGCAAGGAGGUGGAGAACGGCGCCCUCCGCAGGCAGAAGCGACGCCUCGAGGAGGACGUGCACCAGCUGCAGGGCAAGCUCAUCGCCAACGGUGAGCGGCACGACGAGGAGGUGGCCGAGCUCCGCACGGAGCUGGACAAGCGCGUCCGUGACCAGGGCAGAGACGGCGCCAACCUGGAGUACCUGAAGAACAUCAUCUACAAGUACCUGACCCUCCAGGACACCAGGGGGCGCCAGCAGACCCUGACGGCCAUCCUCACCAUCCUGCACUUCAGUCCCCAGGAGAAGCAGGCCGUCAUCAAGCAGCAGGCCCAGGGCUGGUGGACGCCUGGGAAGAGGUAACAGGAGCGUGGGAACGUUUUUAGAUUCCGGUCAAGGACUACAGCUCCAUAAGCUAUCAUUUAUUGUCAUCGAAACAACAGUGGAUCCUUUGGAAUAAUCAAAACAACAUCUGUUUUCUUGUUAUCUUUUGUGUGGACUUGCCUAUCCCAGACACCCAUUUUCUGUCUUAUUUCCAUAUGCGUCUUGUGAUCAUUUAUACUUCUCUGCUUGGAUCUCAUGUAUGUUUACUAAUACUAAUGCAUACGUAUUUGACCAUUACAUUUGCAUAUCUUUACUGCUAUUUCAGUGGCUGUUGGUCUUUCUAACUGCGGCCUUUUAGGUUCUCUGUACCAUCAACCUGUGGAGAAUACUACCGUGUCUUUGUGAAACUGCUCAUUACUGUGAAACUGUAACGGACAAGUUGGAGAGUAACAACCAGUGGACCUAUUCACACAGCUUUGUCUUACACCUUGUUGAACUAUACGGUCCAUUGUUGUACAGGGCAAUCGACUGUGAAAUGGAUGACCAGUUUGGCAAGUUGUUGAAAAUGUGUAAUGUCACCCAACCUACCACCCACACUAAUGAGUUCAGUGUGAACAGUUCAAAGUAUUGAAUACCAUUUGGCCUUAAGAAAUGAAUAAGAGAGUUAUUUCUGGACACUUAUAUUUAUGCGUAUGGGCAUAGAGUGAGUCCAAGCCAUUUGCUCUUUAAGUUAACGGGCAGUCCAGUCCACAUUGUCAUCAGAUAACAGUGUCCACAAAACUGCCUGGUUUUAUUGAAGUCUUCAUCCGACUUGUCAUGUAAGGACAACAGAAACUACAUAAAUGCAAAAGCCACUCUUCUUCCUCACUGUGUUAUGUUGGUAAUAAUAUGCCGGCUUGCGAGGUGUGGAGAAAAGCUUCAUAACUUUCCACUUGUACAUAGUUGUACUCUAAUCACUUUGUGUGGAAUGAAUGAAGAGUUAACUGUAAUCAAGCCUGUCAACCUCCAAAGCAGUCUUUUAUAGAGAAUUUAUUAGACUGAUAUAUUGGUACUAAGUGUAUAUUUUGACUCCACUACAACAUGAAAUAAACUAUAUUUUCCUCA